AUGGAACCUGCACUUUGGAGACGCCAUAGAAGAGACAACGUCCGGGUUAUCAAGCCCCUCCUUCACGCCUACGCGCUCGGGUACCUGUCUUCUGUCACCCCGAAAUUAAUAUCUUAUGUACGCCGACUGCGCAAUAAGGACUGGACUGCGCAACAGAAACUUCAAGAGCUAGCUAGAGUCUUGACUGGUCCUUUGCGUCUGAACAGUUUCCCAACAGGAUGUGCCUCCCUAGUUGGUGGCUCAACCCUACUACCAAUAGGAUUUUAUCGUCUGUGUGCACUGGUCACGGCAGGGCUUUCCAAACGUGACUUUCAGAUCUCACAAGGGCUCGACCGCUUAAUUAGAUUUGUCAUCAAUUUUCUAUCUGGGUGGUUCAGUUUCCAACUGCUGAACAGAAAUCGCGUCUGCCUGCCAAUAGAAGAUGUCAGAGAUACCCAGAACUGCACAGAUCAGGGGAGAGACCCUGGUCAAGCCAUGACAAUUCCGCUGGAGCAUCACCGCCCUGAGUUAGCAGGGAGGACAGUGGACCUUACCAUCUACAUGGUCACAAGAGCCGUAGAUGCAGUCGCGUGUGCUGCGUGGGACCGCUGGUCCCAUCGCCGGCGGGCCCAGAAUCGCUGGACGGUUGCCGAAUCUCUUGUCCCCGGCUUCGCCGACGCAACUGUUUUUGCCAUGAGUGCCGCUGUGGUCAUGUGGGCUUGGUUUUAUGUCCCCGGAAGACUGCCCAGAACCUAUGAGAAGUGGAUUGGAGAAGUUGCUCAAGUCGAUUCACGUUUAAUUGAAGCCUUGCGUCGUGUUCGACGAGGAGUCUUCGUUUAUGGAAAGGAUACAGGACAGGCGCCUCUUCUCCAGUCGAUGUGCAAAGACUACAAAUGGCCAGAAAUGUGGGGAGACCCAGCAAAAGUGGCUCCGAUUCCCUGCGAAAUGGUUCACAUGGGCUGUGGUCCUAAUUGUGAGAAACACGCAUUGUAUCGAUUUGCCAAAACCUUUAAAUUUGCCUGUGCAACCUAUAUACCCCUACAGAUUGUUUUGCGUCUGCGCAGUAUGAAAUCUGCAACUGCCCUCCAUCGGGCCCUUUCUGAUGCAACACAAUCAUCUGCAUUCCUCGCAUCUUUUGUGACCCUAUUUUACUACAGCGUCUGUCUCGCUCGGACACGACUUGGCCCCAAGAUCUUUGAUGCGAAGACUGUUACUCCGAUGAUGUGGGACUCUGGGCUUUGUGUCGGUGCGGGAUGCCUCAUGUGUGGCUGGAGCAUAUUGGUUGAAAAGACACGGAAGAGGCAAGAGCUGGCGCUAUUUGUUGCACCCCGGGCUGCUGCCACGGUUUUGCCACGGUUGUAUGAUAAAAAGUACCAAUACCGAGAGCGCGUUGCAUUUGCUGUUAGCGCCGCUAUUCUCAUCACUUGUCUGCGCGAGCGACCUAGCAUAGUACGAGGGGUUUUUGGUCGCAUCACAUCGAGUGUGUUGAAAUAG